AUGGCGCAUCCUAUUGGGACGCCAGCGGGCACUUCUUUAACAUCUCAAGCCCCUGGCGAUCCUCACGAUUCAAGUGUGCAGUUUGAGGAAUAUCUUUACUAUGCCUCGUUGACACGAACUUUUGAAGCUCAGCAAUCCGAGGCGAAUAUCACGACCAGGCGGCUCAGUGCAUUUUGGCGACGCUUUGGGCCCAUGCAUGACAAGAACUCUCAGCCAAAGGCAGAAAACUCGGCCGAGAAAUCAGCAGAGCCGAAGCCGGAUCCUAAAAUCAGUCCCUCUUCGACCUUGAGCUCACAGUCCCUGGUCAGUGACGAGGACUGGUAUCAUAUUGCGAGAGCCCGCCGGGCCGCCACCUGGGGCACUGUUUUCUAUCUAAUCACCACAGACAUUUUGGGGCCGUGGUCCGUUCCAUGGGCAAUGUCCAAGAUGGGCUACGGUCCCGGUGUCGUCUUAUAUACAGUGUUUGGGGCAUUUGCUGGCUACUCCGGCUAUCAGUUAUGGCGCAUGUUUCUCAAUUUAGAUUCUUACAAAUACCCCGUCAAGAAUUUUGGCGAUCUGGUCUUUCGAAUCUACGGGAGAUGGGCACGGCAUUGCAGCAAUGUUCUGCAGUCGAUUCAGUUGCUUUUCAAUGUCGGAAUCGUUAUCCUCGGUAAUGCGCAGUCCUUGUCACAAGUGACCAGAGGAAGCCUCUGCUUCGUCAUUUGCUGCGUUGUGUGGGCAGCGGCAGGCAGCCUCUUAGGGCAAAUCCGAUCGUUGAAGAAAUUCAGCUGGGUUGCUCACAGCUGUAUCUGGGUCAACCUCAUCAUUGCCUUUCUGGUCAUGGGCGUCGCGGCGAAUAGCCCACCCAACUUCGAGGCCGCCUUGGCGAACAAUGGUGUGCCGGAGGGACCAGUCGUGACCCAUGCAGGCUCCCCGCCAGAAGUUGGCUUUCAGGCUGAGCUUGUUGGCCUGAUGCAGUCGGUCUACGCCUAUGGGGGCGCCAUGAUUUUCUGCGAGUUCAUGUCGGAAAUGAAACGCCCAUGGGACUUUUGGAAAGGCAUGAUUUGCGCCCAGGGCUUGAUCUACUGCUGCUACCUCUUGUUUGGACUCUUUACAUAUUCGUACCAGGGACAAUUCACCAUCAACCCCGUGUACCAGGGUCUCUCGCCAUACGCAUGGCAAAGCGUCGGCAACGUGCUUGCCAUUGUACAAUGUGUCAUCUACGGAGCCCUGUGCAGUAACAUUGCCAUCAAGCUCCUCUGGCAGACCUUUGUGCAAGAAGGGUUCAAGGGUCCGGACAUUGACUCUCACGUGGGCCAGAUACUCUGGAUCUUCUUGAUUCCACUUUAUUGGUUCCUCGCCUUUGUCAUCGCCACCGCCGUUCCUCAAUUCAGCAACAUUUCCAGUCUGAUUGCAGCGCUUUGCAUUCAGCAAUUCACGUACACCUUUCCGCCUAUCCUCAUGCUUGGGUUCGAGAUCAAAAAGGAUGCCAUGCAAGAGGGCGAAGGGUUCGAUCCAGUCACACGAACAGUGACACGACGUGACUCGGGCUGGCGCCGUUGGCGACGGGGAAUAGCGAAGCAAUCGCCAGUCAAGUUGUUCAACUUGAUUUUCGCUCUGGGUGCUGCCGCCACGGCCAUACUCGGUUUCUACUCGAGCCUCAGAGCCAUUAUCGAAAGUUUUGAAGGCGCUCAUGUUGCGACGUCUUUUGGCUGCGCUUCUCCAGUUAUUCUUAAUACCACUCGCACCCACAGAUUUUGA